UAUAUAUAAGGGUUAUCACGUAAAACUAGAUGUCCAAUCUGUCAAUUGAUAAAAGUUUGUGCGCGCAGAGUUCAUUUUACCGUCGGAGAUGCUCUAUUACUUGAUCUUUCUGUUUUGCCUCAUCUCAGGCACGAUUUCUGAAGAUACUAAAUCGCCGCGUAUAGUGAUCGUUGGUGCUGGAGCGUCUGGUAUCGCGGCUGCGUCGAAAUUGAUCGAGAAUGGUUUUGAAAAUCUUAUUAUUUUGGAAGCCGAGAAUCGAAUCGGUGGACGGGUAAAUACAGUAAAAUUUGACGAGUACGUGAUCGAUUUAGGCGCGCAAUGGGUUCACGGAGAGAAGGGAAAUGUUGCGUACGAAUUGGUAGCUCCUUUGAACAUUACAGAUCACUCCAAACCAUUUAACGAUGAAAUAUACACAUCUACUGGUGAAUUACUCGAUCCUAGAAUCACAAAGAACAUUACGGAUACUUACCUAUCUUUUGGGCGUACUAGUCCGGAGAUGUCGGAUGAUGAGUGUCAGCAUUCCGUCGGCGAAUGUCUCAUAUACAAGUUCAAAGACGAUUUUAAGAUGUUUCCGGAAUUAAAUGAAACUCUACAGGAUCAAAUAUUGUGGCUGUUGAAUUUAAUGGAGACUAGCUUUGAUCCUGCCGAUGACUGGUUCGAUAUCGCAGCGAAAACGUAUACCAAUUAUGAUGUGUGCGAAGGUGAUCUGGCGAUCAAUUGGAGAAAACGAGGAUAUGGUACUAUUCUCGAUAUAUUAAUGAAAAGAUUUCCAAAUCCGGAGGAUGAGUUACCUGUGCUAAACAAAACGGUACUUAAUGCUGAAGUAACGAAAGUUGAUUACUCCAGUGACGAUAAUACCGUGAAAAUAACAACGCUCGAUGGAAAAGAAUAUAUAGCCGAUCAUGUCAUCAUGACACCUUCUUUAGGAGUGCUUAAAGCACAGCACGAAACUCUCUUUAAUCCUUCAUUGUCGGAAUCAAAAAUUAAGACUAUUAAGGGACUGGGAUUUGGAAAUGCUUGUAAAAUAUUUUUAGCCUUCGAUGAUAUUUGGUUUACUCCCACAGAAACGAACAACGCAGGAUAUAGAAUUUUGUGGAGUAAAGAAGAAAGAGAGAAGCUUGAGAGUGAUCCAAAAAUGAGGUGGAUGCCUUACACAGCAGGCUUUAACUUUGUCGAUCACAAGCCUCGUUUAUUGCAAGCAUGGGUAUCUGGAAGAGGUGCGCGGUUAAUGGAUGACCUCACUGAUGAUGAAGUUUUUGAUCAAACAGUACAAAUAUUAAAUAAUAUGUUGUUGAAACAUUAUAAUGUCACUAGGCCAGUAGCGAUGAUAAGGAGUAAAUGGCAUCAAAAUAAGCAUUUUCGGGGUACAUACAGUUAUCAGAGCAUAGAUUCUAUAAGGAUGAACUCUACCGCGAAGGAAUUAUCAGAGCCAAUUAUGAAAAUGGGGAAACCCGUAAUUCUAUUCGGAGGUGAAGCUACCAACAAAAAACACUACUCUACAGUACAUGGAGCAAUUGCCUCUGGGUGGAGAGAAGCUGAAAGAUUAAUAAAUCUUUACGACAAUUAAUAGUAUAAUUGAAAAUGCAAUGACAAAAUAAUACAUUUUAUUUAGAUAAAAUUGUUCAUAAUUAAUAUGAUUAUAAACAUUAUUAAUAUGCUAAUAAACACGAUACGAUAAAAAUUAUAUACGUAA